CGGAAGUCAUGUUUCUUCGUACCCAUUCGUACCCUUUCUGCUUGGCGCAUGCAACGUAUGCACGCACUGGUUCAGCGCUGAUCAGUUUUAUUUGAAUAAAAAUUGAUUACCUCGACCAGGAAGACAGAUAAACAAUGGCGAGUACAAAAACUGAUAACCCUGAAAAACCAGGACAAGAAGUAACUCCUAUUCACAGAAUUAGGAUUACACUUACAUCGCGUAAUGUACGGUCUCUUGAAAAAGUUUGCUCGGAAUUGAUCAAUGGAGCAAACAAACAGAAACUCAGAGUUAAGGGGCCAGUUCGCAUGCCUACAAAAAUAUUGAGGAUAACCACGCGCAAAACACCUUGCGGCGAAGGGUCAAAAACUUGGGAUCGUUUCCAAAUGCGUAUCCACAAGAGAGUUAUUGACUUGUAUUCGCCAUCAGAAAUUGUGAAGCAAAUUACAAGCAUUUCUAUCGAACCUGGUGUAGAAGUGGAAGUCACAAUCGCUAACGAAUAAAACAUUUGUAUAAAACUGUACAAAAUUUUAAUACAAACAUGAGAAAGUACUAAAA